UCCUCCGUGAGCUGGUGGCUUAGCAGCACCAUCCUUUGCAGGGGGCGCCGCCGGUUCUUUGGCGGGGGCAGCCCUGGGGUGCGGGCUGAGCCCGGGCUGCAGGCUUUGUCGGACAGCCAUCGAAGCGCCUUCGAUUCGUGCGUGGCUGCGAUUGCCUUUUCCUCCCCAUUGGGGUUCCUUUAGCUGCUGCCCCGCCGCCCUGGGCCGCCGCCGCCUCCUGGGAUGUGAGGCCGGAGGGAUGGAGAAGAUGGAUGCAGGCAAAUGGCAGCAGCGCAUCUCCCGUUUGCAGAGGAGGCUCCAAGGAGCCGCAGCAAUGCAGCGGUUCUGUGGUGGGCUCUCCGGGAGACCCGGGCUCUGCCGCGGGGAGACGGCAGGGCAGUGAUCGCUCACAAACCCAGCCCUUUGUGUCUAGGAGGGUCUGAGCAGCCGCUGUGAUUUGUAUUAAAUUCUUUUUUUCUGAUGAAAAUGGAGCCGGAUUUGUUAAUGACUCUCUCAGAGCCAGGGAGCAAAUCGGAGCGGGCAUCGCUGCUGACUCUGUUUGCCGAGCAGAAUGGGAGGUAUCUCAUCAUGGAGCAGAGGGGGCAGCUGCCUAGCCCAGACCUGGUGCUGGUCCCCAAAGAGACGCCCCCGGACGCCCCUUUGUUCCUGGGGCCCUCUUUACAAGAGAGGGAGAGUGGGCCAGUGGUGCUAGAGCAGGUUUUGGGGGAGAUGAAGCUAUCCGGGCUGGAUCCUACGCUGUUCUCAGAUAGGCCCAUUGAGUAUUUAUACCGCAUGGAAAAGCAGGAGAACGGCCUCUUGGACCAAGACACGACCGACCCAAUCAGCGACCUGGAACAAGAGUCAGGUGCAGGUGAUAAUCAUCAUGGUUGCCCCCAGAGUGAUUUUGAUUUGAACCUUUCUCUGGUGCAGGGUGCAUUGGCCUCUGCUCAGAUCACAGAUUUGGAGGAGCAGUUCUUCUCUCUCGUGCUGGACCAGGCGGUUUCUUCUCCUCUUCGGGAUUUACAACUUAGGAGUGCUGGGCUAAGUCCAGAGGAUUCAAACAAGGGAGAAAGCUUUCCUGAAAGCAGCGAAAUCCUGCAAGCAGAAGGGGAGUUUUACUUAGGAAUGGAGACCUCCCAGGAGGAGAACCACUCUGAAGGACUCACUCCAACUUCCCCUUGGACUAAAGAGACAGAAGAUUACAUAUCCCAAAGCUGCCAGGAGAUACUUUCCUUAAGUACCCAGGAUUUGUCCCAGAUUGACAAGGAGAUGGACCUCUUCCCCACUUUCCAUUCCUCUAGCAACCUGAGCCAGCCCCCGGAGUUUGCCCAGCCUGAUUCCAUAACUAAUGACUCUCCAGGCUGUCAAGAAGAGGAGCCCCGUCUCCGAGCUGUGUUUGAUGCCCUAGACCGAGAUGGGGAUGGCUUUGUGCGGAUAGAGGAGUUUGUUCAGUUUGCUACAGUCUAUGGCGCAGAACAGGUGAAGGACCUAACAAAAUAUCUAGACCCCAGUGGACUUGGAGUAAUCAGCUUUGAAGACUUCUAUAGGGGAAUCGGUGCUAUCAGAAAUGGAGAUUCUGACAGCCAGUUGUAUGAGAUGGGGUAUACCCAUGAGGAGGAACCUUCUGUCUGUCCUGAUGAGUUUGAUGACUUCGUCACGUUUGAGGCAAAUGAGGUGACUGACAGUGCCUACAUGGGCUCAGAGAGCACUUACAGCGAGUGUGAAACCUUCACAGACGAGGACACCGGCACGCUGGUACAUCCCGAGAUGCACGAUGAAGUAGAAACGGACAGUGCUAUUGAUUCCACGGUGCACUCAGAGUUCACCGAUCCUAUAGAGGAUCCAGAGAAUGGAUCCCACCCACAUGACCUACCCUUGAGCUCAGACCUCAACAAUCACUCCAUCGUUACCGUAAUUAGUGGGGAGGAGCACUUCGAGGAUUACGGAGAAGGGAAUGAAGCAGAUUUGUUCUCAGAUAGCCUGUGUAACGGAGGAACCAGCUUUAGCAGCUCCUCUUUCCUUUCUCCCAGCAUCAACCCACUCAUUGCGAAACUGCACAGCAUUAUCACUGAUGAGGCAUUUGAGUUUUACUGUAGCCAGUGCCACAAACAAAUCAACCGCCUCGAGGAUCUUUCUGCUCGCCUGAAUGAUCUUGAAAUGAAUAGUCCAAAUAAAAGACUCUCAAGCAAGAAGGUAGCAAGGCACUUACAUCAGACGGGCACCCUGACUGCGGAUGCUAUGGAAGAACCUUUCUGUGACCACAUGGAGUGUGCGGAUGAGGACAUCACUGACAAGGUUGUCUUCCUGGAGAAGAGGGUAACAGAGCUGGAAAAGGACACAGCUGCAAAUGGAGAGCAGCACAGUCGGUUAAAACAUGAAAACCUGCAGCUGGUGCACAGAGCUAAUGCCCUGGAGGAACAGCUGAAGGAGCAAGAGUUGAAAGCAGAUGAGAUGCUCCUAGAGGAAAUCAGAAAACAAAGAGAGCUCCUGACCAGGAUGGAGAGAGAGAAGAGUAUUGAGAUUGAGAAUCUGCAAGCCAGACUGCAGCAGCUGGAGGACGAGAACAGCGAGCUGAGAUCCUGCGUCCCUUGUCUGAAAGCCAGUAUCGAGAGGCUGGAGGAGGAGAAGCAGAAGUUGUUAGAUGAGAUAGAAGACCUCACUGCUCAACUCAAUGAGGAGCAGGAAAGCAAGAGAAAGAUGGGAGACAAACUGACCCAGGAGAGACACCAAUUCCAGAAGGAGAAGGAGUCCACUCAGGAGGUGAUUGAGGACCUCCGAAAGCAGCUGGAGCACCUGCAGCUGUUCAAACUUGAAGCGGAGCAGCGAAGAGGCAGAAGCAGCAGCGUGGGUCUCCAAGAGUACAAUAGCAGGACGCGGGAGACGGAGCUGGAGCAAGAGAUUAGGCGGCUCAAGCAGGAUAACCGCAAUCUGAAAGAACAAAAUGACGAGCUGAAUGGACAGAUUAUAAACCUUAGCAUUCAGGGAGCCAAGAACCUCUUCUCAGCUUCCUUCUCCGAGUCCCUGGCUGCAGAAAUCAGCUCGGUCUCCAGAGACGAGCUCAUGGAGGCAAUUCAAAAGCAGGAGGAGAUUAACUUCCGCCUGCAAGACUACAUUGACAGGAUCAUUGUGGCCAUCAUGGAAACCAACCCAUCCAUCCUGGAAGUCAAGUAAAGGAAGCCGAAAGCUGCAGACUGUGUGCUGCUGAUCUGGGGUGGACUUGGUGCACUGAGAGGCAAAGGAGAGACUUAGGAUGUCUUUGAUCUCCAUGAAGGCACAUGAAGUAUCACUUCAGAUCACUGGGUGAAUUAAUCCAGUGCCCUGGGGAAAAAGAAAACCAGCAACAAAGCUUUGUUGUUAGACUCUCUUUCAAGACCCUGGCUGGCUUUAAGGGGUGAAAGGGAAUCUGGAGAAUAAAUGAAGCAAAACGUGGCGCGGGAGGGGGGAAGGAAAGGACCUGCCUCCCUGUCGAUGGAACAUAUCAAACGGUGGGGCUGACAAAUGCUAACUGGAACUGUUGCAAUAUGUAACCCUGAAAUCCCUUUUGGCGCAUGGGUGGGGAAUAGGUCUAAGGAGUUAAGCAAAAUACAGGGCCAUGUAUAGAUUCAUUCUGCUGAAACUUUAAUGAAAAGAGAAUAAUAGUGGGGUAGAGAAGUUAGUUGAUUGACUUCUGAGAUAAUUUCCUGCCCUUCCCUGCACAGCCCAGAAAUCUGCUUUGCCAAAGUGCCCAGGACACCCUUACUGAGGCAGAUCUGUGAAUGAGAAAUGUUCGUUCCACGCCCGUAGAAUGUUUUUGAACUUAGUGCAAAGUUCGUCCCUCAGUCUGCACAGCUAGCACCAUCUCACACCCCCUCUUCAUGGGGGUUGCAUGCAGGAACCCUAGAUGACUUCUCUCCAUUUAGUGGGUGGAAGGAAGGGGGCAGGGGAAUGGCCGUCUUUGAUAUGGGGUGUAACUGGAGUUCGACACGUGCCUCAGCAUUUGUAUUUUUGUUCUCUGGCUUGGUAACAUUUUACACAUAUGGCAUCUUCUUUAAAUUCACUGUUCAUCUGGCUCCAUUCCUCGCACAAUACAGUGGGGUGGCUUUCUUCAGCACUCCCCAUUCCUCUUCUGUGGCAUGCUCCUUCAGCAUCAGAUGUUAGCACUUCUCUAUCACACCAUGGGACCUGAGUUGGACAGGACUGCAGUAAGGUGGCAAUCAGUGGGAGGGGUGAAAGCCACACAGCUGUAGAUGGAAGGACAGCAGCUACCUAUCCUGCUGUUUCCUUGAGCGAGUGAAGGAAGGGCUGUGAUUUCUUCAUGGUUAAUUAGCGUGCGUUGGAGCCAGCCUGGUAGCUGUUAUGUCCUCCUCACUUCUGCUGUAUGGCCCACAGUACCCAUGUAGCCGUAGUAGUGCUCAGCCAGAAGUGGGCACGCAGCUGUUCAGGCUGGUCCCCUAGUGGUGCAACAGUGUAAGUUCUAGCAGAGGGGACCAACAUGAACCGUUCACACGCUUGUUUCGAGAGCCAAGGACCUCCGCCAUCGUCCCCUAUGUGCAUGAAUGUCAGUGUUACCAUGAAGUGUAUUGCAAUGAUCCAGUCAGAGGUGGGCUCUGCUGAUACUGCAGCACUGGAGGUAGAGCCCUUUCCCAUGCCCGGGUUCUCCCCAUUCUUGUGCUGCGAUGCACUUGGCUUGCUAUCACAUUCAUUGAGUAGCUUAGUGGCUCUAAACCAGGGACCAGCGGCUGCUGUUUUGACUUCUUAGAUGACCGAGGCCACCUGCAGUGUAGUGAUUACAACUGAGUCUUACACCCCAGUGAAGGUGGUGCUGGGAAGCUAAGGGGUACAAUUGACUGGAGGCUGAAAUCGAAGGCCUCUGGGAAACAAAAACCAUAUUAACUUCAGACCCAUUCAGGCUAGUGUGAAAUGCAUUUUAAAAGUCUUGUACAAUGCAUCCGGUUUAAUGCAUUUUAAAACCUGUACAAUGCAUCAUUCAAUAAGUAAAAACAGUCAUUGAUUAAAAA